AUGUUCUCGAAGAAAUUCUCGACGGCGAAAAACGAUAAAAAACAUGUGGUUUUAACUUCAUUAAUGAGUUCGUCAAAUCCCAAAUCGAAACGAACACUUUCAAAUGAAAGUACAAAACCAUCAUCAUCAAAAAGAAAAUUUCGAAAUGAAAAUGAAAAACGUCGCCGAGAUUUAUUUAGUCAAUUAAUUGCAAAUUUAGAAAAUAUUCUCAAUAUUGAAAAAGAUGUUUCAUCAAAUGAUCAAACAAAUAAAUUAGACAAAGCAUCGAUUCUACGUGAAACUGCCAUUUAUUUAAGAAAACAUCAAAAUGAUUUAACUCAUGAAAUAAAUCUUUCGAAAACAAAUUGUGAAUCGACAAAUGAAGAAAAUGAAGAAAUAUUGGAUAUUUCCUGGAGACCACCGACAAAUUUAGUAACAAACGAAGAAUGGAUUCAAACGACUAUUGAAUCAAUGAAUUGUUUUUUUCUCGUUGCUAAAUCUGAUCCUCAUAAUGGACAAAUUGUUUAUGUUUCAAGGAAUAUUAGUUCACUACUCGACUAUUCUCAAAAUGAAUUAUUAAAUCGUUCAUUAUUCGAAUUAAUUCUUCCACGUGAUCAUGAUCAUUUACGUGAUUAUCUUUUAAAAGAUCAUAAAGUUCUUGAAAAGUGUCAUUUAUCAUGGAGACGAGCAACAAUUGAUGAAUAUGAACAAUGUACAAUCAUCGGAGCAUUUCGACAAAUUAAAAGAAAAGAUGAAGAAAACGAUGAGAAAUACUUAAUGUCAAUUGUUCAAGUGAAAACUUUAGAUCGUUCAUUAACAAUAACAAAUCAUCACUCAAUAAACGAAUUUUCAAUUCGAUUAAAUCUUCAAGGAAGAUUUAUUCAUAUCGAUAUAAAUACUCGACAAUAUCUUGGUUAUAGUUCAUAUGAAUUGAUCGGACAUACAUUUUUUGAUUUUGUUCAUCCAGAUGAUUUGCCGAUUAUUUUUCGUGCACAACAAAUCUGGAAAGAAAAUGGAAGUGGAAAAAGUGAACCAUAUCGAUUUCUAAGUAAAGGACAACAAUGGAUUUUUAUUCAAACAAAUUGUCAAGUUCAAAUCAAUUCAUGGACGGGAAAACCUGAAAGUUAUCUUUGUAUUUCAAAUCCUUUACAAAAUUCAACUGAUUUUAUCCAAAGACAUUCGUCGAAUAAAUCAAAUUCUUCUCAAAUGACAAUUAAUUCAAUUCAAUCUCCAAUAACAACAACAAAUGUAAUUGUUCCACCAAAAUUACCAACAGGAAAUACUUCAGCUGACACCCAAAUAACCUCAUUUUUAUCUCAACUUGAUAAUGAUUUAUAUCGAUCGACAAUGAAAGAGAAAUUAAACGAACGUCGAUUGUGUAAACAAGCAGAAAUUCGUGUACGUGAAGAAGAAAUCAAUGUUAUUGAAGAUCUUAUUCAAUUUAUCAAUGAACAUGAAACAAAACGUGCGAUACAAUCUCCUAAAAAUCCGACAUUAAAUCCAUCGAUACGUCAAACGACAACAACAUCUUCAUCUUUUCAAUCAAGUCCACAUCAACAACAAGAUCGAAUAACAGGAUUAGAAAGUACAUGUGAUCCAUUACUUAUGCACUUAUCUUUACCAUCUUCUAUUGAAAAUUCUUCUCCUCAAUCUUCAACAAAUCUUUUAACAAAAGAAGAAUCAAUUUUGGAUCGUCUAACAUAUCCAUCAUUAUUUUCUCCUCAACAAACUCCAUUCAGUAUUUCAUCACCAGCAACUCCAUUUUCGAUUCCAUCACGUCCUUCGCCUUUAACUUCUUUACCUUUAUCUGUUUCUCCAAAUCCUUCAUCACCAUUUCCUUCAUCAACACAUGAAACUCAACAUAUGAUUCCUCCAACCACAUCACCACAUUCUUCAUCAUCAUCAUCAUCAACCACAACAACAACAACAACAACAGCAAAUCCAAAUCCAUUGCCAACAGAACAAUCACAACAAAGAAAAUCUUCUUUUAAUCGUUCGUUACCACAUAGUCUUGUUUCAUAA